CGCAAGCUCCCUUCUUUCAAAGACCCCACCCUACAAAACCCAUCUCAAUCAAAAACCAUAGUGCAACAAAUCAAGGGCUGGAAUGCCCUCCACGUGUCAAGCCAAAGGUAUCACGCUCCUAAUGACGAGGUAAAGCACAAGCAUGUAUGUGUUUUCCCCCAUACAUGGUUUUUACACAUAUAAAAAGGCUUAGCAAGUUAGCGUAUAUUCAACUUUCACAUGAUAAAAAACGCCGCCAUCGCACCCAUCGCCACCAACUCCUACAAGAGAAAUUUAGCCACUUAACAUGCCGGCCACCUUGUCAUCAUCUGAUUCGAAUGACCGGAGCCCCGAGCUCCGGAAACCUCUUCUCUCUCCGACGAGAAAACCCACCGAAGAGCGCGAAUCAGAGAAGCUGUGCAUCGACGACAUGCUCCAAAAAUACUGCGGGCAGUUUGGCCCGUGGCAAAUGAGGCACUUUGUGCUGACCAGCUUGGCCUGGGCUCUGGAGGCCUUCCACACCAUGGUCAUGAUUUUUGCGGAUCGUGAACCGGAUUGGAGGUGCUUGGGUGGAGCAGCUGGCUCUGCCUGCGAUGUGACGGCCAGGACCGUUUGUGGGCUCGAGCCCGGUUCUUGGGAGUGGACCGGCGGUCUAGGGAGCUCGACCGUUGCUGAAUGGGGGUUGGUUUGUGAGGAGAAGUAUAAGGUUGGGUUGGCUCAGGCCUUGUUCUUCGGUGGCUGUAUGAUUGGUGCGGGAAUUUUUGGCCACCUUUCAGACUCAUUCCUAGGAAGAAAAGGCUCCCUGACCGUUGUAUGCAUCAUGAACACCAUUUUCGGUUGCCUAACAGCUUUCUCCCCAAACUACUGGAUCUAUGUCCUCCUCCGCCUCCUUACCGGCUUCAGCACGGGCGGAGUAGGCCUCUGCGCCUUUGUCCUUGCCACCGAGCCAGUGGGCCCCACAAAGCGGGGCACCGCAGGAAUGUCCACAUGUGUCUUCUUCUCAAUCUCCGGCAUAGCCUACAUUUUCCCACAAUGGCGCGAACUCUACAUUGCCUCCUCCAUCCCAUCCCUGCUCUUCUUGCUCGCCGUCCUCCCAUUUGUCUCUGAGUCACCAAGGUGGUACCUCGUACGAGGUCGAAUAACAGAAGCCAUGAAACUAAUGCGCGCCAUUGCCAAGUCCAAUAACAAACACCUUCCUGAGGGAGUUGUCCUAACCCUAGAUGAAGAAGCAAACAACGAUAGUCCUACAACAAACGAGGAAGAUCAAACUUACAAGGAACUUUUGGACAGCAAAGACGCAAUAAGUGGUUCUCUAAUUGAUGUCAUCAAGCUACCAAUGACUCGAAUGAGGUUAUUUCUAGCCGUGGCCAUAAAUUUCUUAUGCUCCGUCGUGUACUAUGGGCUGAGCUUGAACGUCGUCAACCUUGAAACCAACCUCUACAUCAACGUUCUGCUCAACGCCGUGGCGGAAAUGCCAGCUUUCACGAUCACGGCAAUAUUGCUUGACAAGUACGGAAGGAAGCCCUUGGCGAUCGGGACGUUGUGGUUUAGUGGGGUGUUUUGUUUUGCAGGGAGCUUUGUGGGGAAUGCUGGGGUGUGGAAGGUGGUUAAGAUGGUGUGUGGGAUUUUGGGAAUUUUUGGGAUGGCGGGGACUUACAACUUGUUGUUUAUUUAUACGAGGAGUGCCACACUCGGCUGUGCCACGCAGGCGGCACAAAUGGGGGCGAUCCUGUCGCCGUUUGUGGUGGUUUUGGGAGGGGGUUUUCCGUUUGCGGUGUUUGCGGUGUGUGGGAUUGCCGGAGGUGUGUUUGCGUUUUACUUGCCUGAGACACUUAAUAAGCCUUUGUAUGACACUAUGGCUGGGAUGGAGGAUGGGGAGGGUGCUUGCAGAAGUGUGAGUUAAAAAUUAGUGUCAUGUUUCUGCAUUUUUUUCUGCUUCAAUUUUUCUAAAUCUGAACUACUUGAUUAGAAUAAGUUUGUUAGAUUCACAUGAUAUAAAUAUAUAGCUUUGAUAUUC